AUGCGUCGGGACACUGAGACGUCGCUUAUCCGGGCUUUGUCUCCGUCGCUCGCUGCUAAUAUGGUCUUGGACAGCUUGCCCACAGAACUCCUGCUUCAUGUAUUUUCAUUUCUUUCCGUAAGAGAUAUUCUGAGUCUAAGACAGACGUCCAAAAUCCUCUGUGGAGUUACCCAAGAGCGCAGCGUCUGGUUCGACGCAUUGCACAGCCAUGUUAUUGAUCAGAUGGUUCCUGCACAUCAUAUCGGAGGUCGAGAUAAAAUGUCUCUCUCGUCCGCGGAUCUCGAAGAGGCUACUAUCCACGCCCUCAAGGCUCGAGAGAGCUGGACUUCGGACAGUCCUCAGGCGACCAAGCACCUCGAAGUGAAAAUCGCUACACCAGAAAGCAGGUGUUACGCCCGUACAUAUGCUGCCUACUUCCUGCCAGGCGUGGACAAUCGUUAUCUGAUCACCUUGACCCGACUGGAGCUUACACCUCGAGAGUACAUCAUACAGUGCUGGGACCUGCAGCAGUCACAUAUCCCACACGUUGCGCGUUACAGCUCAACUGCUCUUCGUGGUGUUCAAGUCAAUACAGAACCUGGGCAUCCAGUUGUACUGACCAUAACAUCUGGCGUGCCGGAAAUCGGAAUCACCACUUCUGCUUGUGGGAUAGACUUUUCCAAGGAUACAAACGAUGCCUUCCAUGUGCAUCAAUUCUUCGAGAGCUUGGGGCUCACGCUAAAGCUCGAAGGCUCCACCUUCUUCGCCACGGACGACACCAAUCGGAUCACCGCGUACAGUGUAGAGACAGGCGGUGUCCUGUACAUCUUGCGUGUCCCUCUAGUGCAUAGUGAUCAGACGAUAUUUCUUGAAGAGCACAGAUGUUUUUCAAUGCAGAUAGUAGGCGACUUCAUCUUAACAUUUUGUCAGCAGUGGACGCAUCUAUAUGCUCUUCCUCCACAAGAUCUGAUGGGGCUCUCUUCUGACGGCAGAGCGAUCGAGCUCGACCCGGCAGCCAAGCACCGCUGGCGCUUUCGCAUCGACACGCUGAAGUCCAUGCCUAUGUACCCUCACCCUUUAGCAGCGCAACUUCGCCCUGCACAGUCUACAGCCGCAAGCCUGUAUCCACCCAUCUACAUUCUUCUCCGCUUCGAUAGCUGGUACCCCUGGCCCGUCAACAUCCUGCAUUUCUUCAUCCUGCCCCCAAAUCCCGCCUUCUGCGCCUCGUCGUACACGCGCCCGCGCCCGGGCAGCCCUCCGCCCGCCGAGCUGCCAUACCUGCACACCUCGCAUCCUGGAGGCCCGGCGCUCAAGCCGUAUAUCGCGGACUCGGUGCCGUCGCCAAUUCGCAUCUUCACGCCGUCGGACGCCGUGCUCGGCCGGUACGGCACCGCGCUCUGGCUCGACGCGCAGACGGACCUGCCCUCGCAGGUGGGCGACCGCGGCCAGCGUGUCGCGGGAAAGGUCCUCCGGUACGUCCCGCCGCCGGCUGAGGAGAACCAGGAGCCGCGGCACGCCGUUAACCUCGACGUGCAAAUGAACGAGGCGUCCGCUGAUCGAGCGGACGCGGAGCACUCAAAGACGACGCAGCCAUCGCUGUUCCACCUGCAGGAGGAGGCGGAAAACUGGACGAGGCUGGCGGUGUGCGAUGACGAGGCGCGCAUUGCGGUCUGUUGUGUGGAUGGCAGGGUGAUGGUAUAUGAUUAUACAUAA